AUGAAACUACCAGAGUACGAGAAAUACUCAGACUUGGAGAAGGGCCAAGAUGCUGAACCCGUCCAAGACGCUGAACCUGUUCCAGGGUGUAAACGUAAAAGACUGGCAAUCAUCAAAGUUGCUUUGGUUAUCAUCAUGAUAUCCAAUAUGAGUGCUGCUUAUAGCUACGGGAAACUUGCCGGUAGAAGAGAGAUGAUGGACAGACACCACGAACCGGGACACAAUAGAUUCGAACAUCAUGGAAAGGAAGAUCACGAUUAUGGGGUCAGAUUCCACAGAUUCGAAGACCACAGAGGAAAGGAACAUGCUUAUGAUAGACACGGUUAUGACAGACAUGAUUAUGGAAGACAUGGGUAUGAUAGACAUGGGUAUGGAAAGUAUGAUUAUGAGAAACACGGCUAUGGAAAACAUGGAUACAGAAAACAUCACGGACUCAAGACCGAAGCUGUUGAUAUCGAUGGUGACGGAAAAGCCGACUUUAUGUUCCAAUACUUCCCUAAACCAUGCGAUAAGAAGAAACCUUUGGAUGGAAAACAAGGCCAUAGACCACCAGGUCCUCCACCACCAGGUCCAUAUGGCCCUCCACCACCUUUUGAUCCUCACGGUCCUCCACCUCCACCUCCAGGUCCUCAUGGUCCACCACCUCCACCUCCAGGGAAACAUGCACCACCUCCUCCACCAGGUCCACAUGGUCCACCAGGAAAACACGCACCACCACCUCCACCACCUUCAGAAGAUAUCUUACAGAAUAUUAUGAAUGAAAUUGGUUUAAACAAAGAAUUCUUGGACUCUUUGGCCAAUAUCCAUAUUCCAACUUUGGACGAAAUCACCUCCCAAUUCAGACCAGGUGAAGAACCAGAAGAAAAACCUAAAGACGAAUCCAAAGAAGAAUCCAAAGAAGAAUCCAAAGACCAAUCCAAAGAUGAAUCUAAGGAUGAAUCUAAGGAAGAAUCUAAGGAAGAAUCUAAGGAAGAAUCUAAGGAUGAAUCUGAGGGAGAAUCAAAGGAUGAAUCCAAGGAUGAACCUAAAGCUUAA